UUUGACGUGAAAGAGAAAACUACUUGGGUAGGUGGUCUGCAUUUCCAAAUAAUAAGCGACCAACAAUCAUUUCCAUCUUGGCAUCAACAGGAUUUUUUGUUAGAAGCAACCUUUAACAUUACGAUAGGAUGUCAUCAAUGCACGGCAUUGUCAAAUAUGCCAUUGCGAAGUAUGAAAUUUGAUGAGCACAAUAUGGUAUGGAGACACUACGAUACCACACCUGUAAUAUGGACUGAAUACGCAACAAUAAUUGUGUCUAAUUACCUAAAUCCUACUUAUAUACAUACUCACAACAUUAAAAUGUGGUGCAGAUUUGAAGUUCACAUGGAAUAUGCAAAAAAUGUAAUUGAAAAUAUCAUGUUGUUUUUAAAUGAUAAAUGGAAACAUUCAAACAAUAUUUCGAAAGUGGAUCAUGUUGCAAUUCCAAAUUUCCAUGACAAAGGCACAAUAAUUUUCGGACUUGUUCCUUAUAGGGAAACAGAUAUUAUCUACGAUACAAAUUUAUAUCCUGUUUCUCACAAAAUCGAAGUAGCUCAAUUAGUAGGACGUAAGGUGACACAACAAUGGUUUAAUAACAUGAUGAACAAUUCGUUAGUGUCAGAUUUUUGGUUUAGAAAGGGUCUUAUUACAUUGCUUGCAACGUAUGCUGUCAAUGAGGCUUAUUCAGAUUAUCAAAUAAUAAAUUUAUUUGUUGUUCAAAAUCAAUAUUACUCUUUUAAUUUGGAUUGUGAUUAUCAUGUGUGGCCUUCUACUUCACAAGUUAACAGUUCAUUGGAAAUUCCCAAUUCUAUCAGAGGUAUACGUAUUAUAAAAAAAUAGUCCGCGUAAAUUUUUA